AUUAUCUGGAAAAAAAGUCCAGCAUGUUAGCUCGGGAAUGCUGGGACUUGUAAGCCUUUUGGCAACUCACUGUGUAUAAGAUUCUGGCUUAAAAGUGCCAAACUCUUGUCUUCCAUCAUAUUGUUUAAGGUGGAGGGAAGGUUAGAACUUGAAAACGCGCAUACAGAAAUUAAUGGCAACUGUCUGAAGCGGGGCUGGGCAACUUGUAACCCUCCGAAGGGGGUUGCAAUUUCCAUAAAUCCUAGUCAAGUGUAGCCAAUGGUGAAGGAUAAUUGGAGCUGCAGUCCAGCAACAUAUGAUGGUCAAUUUGUUUCCCAACUUUAAAGACACUAGAAGAUCAGAGGGAUACUCCGCCACGAUGCCGCCUGCUUCUUGCGGAUCCAUCUCACUUCAUAUCUUUUAUACUAUGGAAGACUUCGCAUGUUGCACAAAAAGGAGAAGGCCGUGCCACUUGCAACACUCUCCUUGAUUCCCCCGUUUCUGCCCAGCAAACAUGGCUUCCAGUUCAGGUGUGCUGAUGCGCCUCGUGGCCUCUGCUUACGCCAUUGCUGAUAAAGCUGGACUGAUUGUCAGGAAAGUGAUGGCUGGAGGAGAUCUGGGGAUAGUUGAGAAGUGUGGAGCUAAUGACCUGCAGACCAAAGCUGACCGGCUGGUCCAGAUGAGCAUUUGUUCCUCCCUGGCACGGAAGUUUCCAAAGGUGACAAUCAUAGCAGAAGAGGAUCUUCCUUCUCAAGAAUUAGAUGAAGACUUACUUGAGGAUGGCCAAUGUGAAGAAAUACUGAAGAAAGCCUGUCCACAGCAGUAUGCUGCCAUUAAAGAGGAGGAGCUUGUGGUAUGGGUCGAUCCGCUGGAUGGAACCAAAGAAUACACUGAAGGACUUCUUGACCAUGUAACAGUUCUUAUUGGAAUUGCUUAUGAAGGAAAAGCUAUAGCAGGAGUCAUUAAUCAACCCUAUUAUAACUAUGAGGCAGGUGCAGAUGCGGUCCUAGGCAGGACAAUCUGGGGGGUCCUGGGUUUGGGUGCUUUUGGAUUUCAGCUGAAAGAGAUGCCCGCUGGGAAGCACAUCAUCACCACCACACGGUCACACAGCAGCAAACUGGUCAACGACUGUGUUAGUGCCAUGAACCCUGAUAGCGUGGUGAGAGUUGGAGGUGCGGGGAAUAAGAUCAUUCAACUUGUAGAAGGCAAGGCUUCCGCUUAUGUGUUUGCCAGCCCUGGAUGCAAGAAGUGGGAUACCUGUGCGCCAGAGGCUAUUUUGCAUGCAGUAGGAGGUAAACUCACUGAUAUCCAUGGGAAUUUCUUUCAAUAUAACAAAGAAGUCAAGCAUAUGAAUUCAGGAGGUGUCCUUGCUGCCUUAAGAAACCAUGAAUAUUAUGCCAGUCGAGUUCCAGAAGCAGUUAAGCAAGCUCUUGUGCCUUAAAAUACAAAGGACAGUGCAUUCCACUUCACUUAAAAAGAGUCUGAAAUAGUAUAUAGUAUUCUUAAUUGGAAUUGUUAAUGAUUUAUGCAUUGAAUGAAAGUGUGGUUCUGCCACAGUAUUGUGAUAUAUAGAUUGCAAUCCUAUAUAUGUCUGUCUGGGAAUAAGUUCUACUGAGCUUAAUGGGACUUAUUUCUUAGGAGACAUAUGAAGGACGGUAGUGUUAGUCAUUUUUUAAAAAGUUUAUGUACGAUAGUUCACUUGUUCAGAUAACAAUGUGGUUGUCAGUUGUAAUACCAUGUUCAUGUUUUUAAAUAGUUGUCAGAGGAACAGUCUGAUUCCGUUAAUUGGUUUGGUAGUUUUUAUUUCAUAUGCAUUCCUAUUGAACAAUGAUAACCUUGUCCAGUCCUUUUCCUUGUUAAUCUGAGGGAAAGCAGAAAGCUGAAACUGAGCCUCUCUUGCCUUUAAGAGUACAAAAUGAGAAGCUUUGCUAUAGGCCCCCUCUACAAGGAAAUCAUGCGAAGGAGGGACAACAUGAGGGUCUGGAUAUGCAGUUAAGGUGUGGGCCGUGCUGUUUGCCAGCAGGGAUCUGGGGACUGGCCCAGCAAAUGUGCCUAUCACAUGAAGAGCGUUCCACUGCACAUUGUGCUCUCUUUGGAUGAAGGCAUCUACAGAUCCCUUUCAGGUUUCUACACUGAAAACAUGUCAUGGUGUGCUUUGCACAUAACAACUUAAUAGUUAAAACUCAACUGAUGGGUUGUUGGGAAUGAAUAGGCGGGAGCAGCUGUGUUGCCUAGAGUGUGUUGGUUUCUUUCACUUCUGCUCAGCAACCCAUGAUAGGCUUCUGAUGAACAUGAUGUCCAGAUCCAGAUUUCUCAGUUAUUUAGGAGCUAAACAACCCAGCAUUUAACCCAACAACAGACAGUGGGUUAGCAGCUGGUUUGUGUAGCCCCUAAACAGCCCAGCUGUCCAGAGUUGGUCAUCAUGCUCAGCAGGAGCUGAGUGUGGCCCCCUAAGCAAAACUGAAGAAGUGGGCACCGUUCAAGCAGCACUCCUGCUCUCUCACACUUGUGCGUGACAACCCACUGGGCUGUUACUACAGGUGAACUAGGUCAGUGUAUCUUAUAAAUAUAAUCGAGGGUGGAAUUAUAGUUCCUGCUUCUUACUUUUGGUACAUAAACCUUAAGCUUGAGUUACAAUUUCCUGGUUCACAAAGGGGGUUGGGAGAGGGCACUCAACCUUCUCAGUUGUUCUUGCCCCAUCAAGCCAUAUCUGAAACAGACCUAUUUGCCAUACUUAUGCAGACUGUGCUUAUAGUUCCACACCAAAUUUUUUUGCAAGAUAGAUAGCCACGAGGCACUUUUCUAUAUGAACGCCUAUCAUUUCUUCUGAGCAGUAGUUCUGAAAUUAUGUGGAUCUCACUUUAUUACAAAAUAAACUUAUAAUAAAACCAGA